GUGGGUGGGAGGACGGACCCAAGGAGCGACAAGAAAUUCAUAUCAAUUAAUAAUCAUAAAAAAAGAGCUGGCAGACGCGCUCGGAAAACUGGCAUGGUUUUUUGGAGGCUGGCAGUUCAAAGCUGAAACGUCAGAUAUGACUCCUAGAGACUGCUGAGAUGAUCAUUAAGGGAGACUUAGAUCGGAUGGCAGAAGACAUCGGGCAUGCAGGUGGCGGACUGAAGACGAUGCUGGGUGCCAUGGAAGUUCCAAGUCAUGCUAGGGAUCUCCUCCUGCAGCUCAACAGCCAGCGAACCAAGGGCUUCCUGUGUGAUGUUAUUAUUGUGGUGCAGAACGCCCUCUUCAGAGCUCACAAGAACAUUCUGGCUGCCAGCAGCCUCUACUUGAAAUCUUUGGUGGUCCAUGACAAUCUAAUCAACCUCGACCACGAGAUGGUGAGUCCAGGGGUCUUCAGGGUCAUUCUGGACUACAUCUACACAGGCCGCCUUAGCGACGGAGACCCCACUUCUCCCAAUGAACCCAAUCUAGGGGCUGUCUUGGCAGCAGCCAGCUACCUUCAACUGCUCGACUUAGUGGCUUUGUGCAAAAAGAAGCUGAAAAGAAAUGGCAAGUACCCUCCCCGCCCAGGUCCUGCAUUUCUGCCCUACCCAAAGAUGGGGCCCAAUAGUAUGGGUUUGGGGAGUGGUGGCAGGUAUAGGGUUUCUACUCCUGUCAUUCAGCCCUGCCCUCCAGGAGGAAUUUUGAAUAGCCCUGUAACCCGGCCACCACCACCAGAGGAGCUAGUUCCCCAUCGACUAGCCCUUCAUCCUGGGGAGCUGUUUGCCCCCACCUCCACCCAGGGCUCUCAGGUGUUCCCGUCCCUGCAGUCAGCUCUGCCUGCCCAGCUUGGGCGCUCAGCCCACCCUGAGAGAAACUGCUCCCCCAACUACGGCCUUGAUCUCUCCAAGAAAAGCCCCAACUCCCAGUCUCAGCACACACCCUCUCACUCCCAUCUGGCAAACACUCACAAUGAUGAGGAGCGAGACGGGACUCUGAGUGGCCACACCAGUCCCAUGCAGGGGACAAAUGGAAGGGCCUUCCCCUCAGAAAAAAUGGAGUCGACCGACCAGGCAAGCUCUCUCACUCCUCCGCUUUUCCCCCAUCUCAACCAGCCUCUUGGCCCACACCUCCCCCACCUGCAUCGUUCAGGCUCCCAUGGCACAGAUCGCUACCCAUGUCCCCCGAGUCCUGACACCCCAGAAGGUGGAGAGGCAGGCAGAGAAAUGGGCAACAUCUACCGCUGGGUGAAACACGAGCCACUGUCAUACACAGCUGAAGAUGAAGAUGAAGAUGAGGAUGAGGAGGAAGGGGGUGAAAAUGGAGACCAGCAUCAUAACCACCACAAGGCAGGGGAGGAGAGUGAAGGAGGAGACGACAAGAGUGGGUCAGGCACAGAGGAGACUGGCAGUAGUGAAGGCCGCCCCUCUCCUCCUGGAUCAAUGGGGAGGUUCCACAUGCCGUAUGAGCCAGAAAGCUUCGGGGACAAUCUGUAUGUCUGCAUUCCCUGUGACAAAGGCUUCCCAAGCUCAGAGCAGCUCAAUGCACAUGUGGAGACACACACAGAAGAAGAGCUGUACGGCAACUCUGGCGGGGAGAUGGGAAACAGCAACAACAGCAGCACCAAAAACAUGAGCAGCAACACAAACGGUUAUGGGAGCCUGAACAGCAGCAACAGUUUAAACAGUCUGUCCCACCUGGAGACCAAGUCCAGCCAGGGGCUGAGUUCAGGGGGCAUUGGGGAGAUGAUCCGACCCUACCGCUGUUCCUCCUGUGAAAAGUCCUACAAAGAUCCAGCCACUUUGCGCCAGCAUGAGAAGACCCACUGGCUGACCCGGCCAUACCCCUGCAGCAUCUGUGGCAAGAAGUUCACGCAGCGCGGCACCAUGACACGCCACAUGCGUAGCCACCUGGGCCUUAAACCUUUUGCCUGCGACUCCUGUGGCAUGCGCUUCACCCGGCAGUAUCGCCUCACAGAGCACAUGCGCAUCCACUCAGGGGAGAAGCCCUAUGCAUGUCAGGUGUGUGGAGGAAAGUUUGCUCAGCAGCGCAACCUCAUCAGCCACAUGAAGAUGCAUAGCAGUGGAGGGACUGCAGGGGGCCUGACCACAGAUGGGAAACUGAAGCUGGACUUUGCUGAGGGCAUCUAUCCUCUGAGUAAAUAUGCCGCAGAGCAUCUGGGGCUGAAGCAGGAGAAUGCCAAUGAGCUUCUCAUCCAAGCCCAGCAGCAACUGGUUGCUGAUGCAAAGGUCAUGGAGAGCCUCUACCCUCUGUCCAAAUUGGCCUCGGAGCACCUGGGCCUCUCCCACGACAAGAUGGAUGUCCUGGGCCAGCCCCUCCCCCCUCCCCCACAGGCCCUCUCUGAUGCCCGCACCAUUGACCGCUACUCACCCAGCUAAGACCACAUGACCUGUAUAAAUGGCAAUCACCAAUAGGUCUGUGUGUACACACAACUUGCAGUAUUCAAAAGCCAUUCACCUCAGCUCAAUAUCUCCUCUGCACCUCAGACUCAGGCCAAAAGGAAUUGGUCUGUUGAUGCACACCAAAAUGUGUAGACUGUAAGUGCCUUUCUAUGCAUCUAAUGUAUCUUAAAGUCCUCCUUCAUAAAGGAGCUCUGUGCUAUUCUGUGACCAAGGGACACUCAACUCAAAGAAGUACAGUAUUUAUGUACCGUAUAUGCAAACAAACAUUUAAAAAUUUACAGCCAUUGAGCCAAAGUGACAAAUUGAAAACCAAAAUAAAAUUGUUUUAUUUAUUUUUGUAUUAUGGUGAAAUCCAAAGACAAACUGUUGCAAGCAAACGUUGCAAUCUGACCCUAAACCUGUGUACAAAAAAAUGAAAAAGCACAUAAGGACAAUAUUCAGGGUUUCGGUCCAGACCUGAGCGGAACUUUUGCCAAAUGAAUAAGCCAACUCUUCUGGACUUUAAAGUAAUGGGAGGAUAUAUUUUUUUUUUCUUUUUUUCUUUUCUGUUUUUGGGGUACUGGACAAUUUAUGUAUCUCACUCUCCAGCUUCUCCAAAUCAUGUUCCUGCUUCCCAAGUCGCAAGGAAAUGACUGAACGAUAAGAGCAAUUGCUGCAGCAUUUUGGUAAAGUCUCCUCUGCUUUAUUUUCUCCACAUUUUUUUAAAGAAACCCACUCCUCCGCAUAUUUGUGCGGAUAAAGGCUCAUACUAUGUGACAGUAAUGGUAGCUUAAUCAGCCUUACACUCAGUGAGUAACCCUUCUUGAGCUAAAACUUCCUUUGCAUUUUGACUAACAUCCCCUAGCUUUCAGUUGUUAUUGAGAUGCAGUAAGCACAGCCCUGUGAGCUCAUAUCUGGGACAUGAUUGCACAUACCCAACUGAUGACACACUAAUCCCUGUUCAUGACGAGUGUAGCUUCAUCUCAUGGUGUAGACGAAGCAUGGGCGUUGCCUCUGACAUUGUGUAAUAUUUACAAUUUUUAAUGUGGCCGAGCUUAGAGGCAUGGACUAGGUCAGAAUCAAUUACACAUAAAUCUGUCAUUUACUGUCAAAAGCAAUUACUUCAUUCACAGCAGUCUAAUGAUUAAGUAAGUAGUGGCAGUAGUCAGAUGCUUUUCCACUGUCCGACCUCUCAUUUGACCUCCCUCCCCUGUAGUCUGUUGUCUGGGAGCCCUGCUACUGUU